AUGUCGCUCUAUAUUGGUACCAUCAUCUACGUGGCGGUGAAGCCGAUGUUCAAGAUCUACUUCAUCCUCGCCCUCGGCUUCUACCUCGCUAAGCGCAAUAUCUUGACGGUGCUGACAUGCCGAGAUAUCAGUGAUAUGGUGGUGACGGCGGUGAUGCCGUGUCUUAUCCUCAAUAACUUGAUCAGCAACUUGAAGCUGAGUGAUAUCAAGCAGAUUGGCAUCGUCUUUUUCACGGCAUUGUGUCUCUUUACCGUGGGGCUUGUGCUCGCCGCCUUCACCUAUUUCCUCACCAAGCUGCCGCGGCGAUGGCUCGGCGGGUUGCUUAGUGUUGGUUUAUUCCCCAACAUUAGCGAUAUGCCCAUUGCCUAUCUCCAGACGAUGAGUAAAGGCGGUGUGGUGAUUUCUGAAGCCGAAGGUAACCGCGGUAUUGCCUUUGUCUGUAUCUACGUGGCGGCUCAGAUCUGUCUCCAGUUCUCGCUUGGUCUCUUUAGACUCGUGGAAUACGAUUUCAAGCGAGAUAAACGGCUCAAUCUUGUCCACGUUCACGACGACAGUUCCGACGAGAAAAAAGAUGAUGCCCACAGUGUGGCGUCAUCUGACCAUACUCCAUCACUAGCACUGCUGCUGGUCUCGAUAGCACCACUGCAAACGUCAUCAGCUCAGCAUGAACAGUUCAUCCAGCACCGCCGGUCAUGCGAACAACCGAUGCAAACCAACCUCCAAAUGAUCCCGUCGCGGACGGUACUGGAACGUCAUCACCGUACUGAAGAUAUUGAAACGGUGAUUAAUGAGUACAGUGAGUACCUGGGCCACCACCAUGACGUCAACGACCCUGCGGAUAAUAUACUGGCUAUGUCCACAGUGGACCAACCAAAACUACCCUUAAAGCAACGGCUUUGGCUGGGGUUCAAAAACUGGUGCAUCACCAUGAGCAAAAACUUGCGUACGCCCAAUCUGAUGGCGCUUAUCGCCGGUAUUGCCAUUUCCAUGGCACCUCCACUUAAGGCAUUAUUUGUCCCCGUGGAGCACCCCCACAUCCCCACUGCUCCUGAUCAUCAACCACCAUUACUGUUCGUCAUGGAUAUUGUAUCGUAUAUCGGGGCCGCCCUGGUUCCGCUUGGUUUACUCCUUUUAGGGGCCACCAUCCUGAGAUUACAGGUUAAGAAGAUGCCUAAAGGGUUCUGGAAAACUGCAGUGGGCAUCACCGUGUCUCGUCUCGUCGUUCUCCCCAUUUUCGGCGUCGGGCUUACCACGGGUCUUGUCCACGGCGGCUGGUACGGCAAACAAGAUUUGCUUCGAUUUGUCCUGGUGAUCGAGUUCGGCAUGCCCCUGGCAACGAUCCUCGUGUUUUUCACUGCAUUUUACACCGACCCCAACUCCGAAGACCACUUGCAAAUGGACUGCCUCGCCGUGUGUCUCAUCUUCCAGUAUGCGAUCUUCUGGGUGACGCUUCCGUUCUUGGUGACGUUUACGUUCAAAGUGUCGAUGGGUCGCUAG